AGUUAUAUUUUGGUUUACUUGUUUUUUAUGAUAAACAUCCCAAGGUAAGAAACAUUCAUUAAAAAAAACAUGGUCUCUAGAAAAGCCGAAGGAUGCGGUAUGAGCCAAACAAGCAACGCUUUCUCUUGCGGUUAUUGACAUCUAACCUAGCCAUACUGUGAAAGAGUUCUCUUUCCCUUCUCUUUCCAGGAAGAACAUCCACAAUGUUGGUCAAAGAAGUGUCUGGGAAGGAGUUACAUGAAUUUCACGGACAAAGUAAGACGGUGGUUGAUUUUAUAAGUAACUCUCCACAGCCACAGGAAGCUCUAUCCAAUAAUUCCGCAGUCACACCCCUCAUAAAAUGUAAGAGGGUGGCGGAUCUGAUAAGUAACUCUCCACAGGAAGCUCCAUCCAAUAAUUCCCCGGCCACACCCCUCAUAAAUGCUGAAGUAAAACGGACUCGACUGGAGAUUUCCAAUUCACCUCCUGUGCUAAUUUCUAGAAGCAGCCCGCCUAAUUCUUCCGAAGGGGUGGAUGAAAUGUGGACAUCGUUUUUCACUGAGAUUAAAAGCAUUGUUGAUGGUAAUGCCACAUCAGUCUAUGAUAAUAAUUUCCCAUUCGGAGACCUUAUUGAUAAGCAAUUCAGUAAGGAAAAGUUUUUUGAAAAAGUUAAGGAGAUGGAAUUAGAAAGAGUACUCCAAACUAGCCUAACAAAUUCUGUUCGAACAACCUUCCAUCUUUGUGUCAUGGGGCAAAAGUUAGGUGAUAAGGUAAAGGAAAACAAGGCUUAUGUUAGGGAGAUUGCUGAAUUGAAAAAUAUGUUGACUGAAAAUGAGAAGAAUUAUGUUGGAGAGAUUACUGAAUUGAAAAACAAAUUGUCUGAAUUCGAGAAGAAUAUGGCAGAGAUGACUAGUCUGAAAGAUGAACUGAACAAAUUGAAGAAAACUUUCGAAUAUUCAAGCCUGGAAAAGAAUCGAAUGAUAGCAAGGGAAAAAGACUUGAUGGAUGAAAAUUCGAAGAAUAAAGUAAAAUUACUCGUAAACGAACAUGCUCACAAGGUUUUUAUUAAUAAGUUGAAGGCUGAAAUUGAGGAAUUGAAGCGUAAAAUUUCAUUACAGUACAAAGCCGGCUAUGAAAAGGCGGUAAGGCAAGUUGUAUAUUUUGCAUCAGGGCUUAAACCUUGACCAAGUUGAAUGAACUAAAACUAUUCAGGGUAUAGAAGAUUGUUUUUUGAAGGUGGUUAAGUUGGUUGCUGACUGAAGGAGAUUGAGGGGAAUGACCUUUUAAACUUCUGUAGCUGGAAGCUUAAUAGUACAUGGUUUUCUAGUAGCUUUAUUUUGGGACUUUGGUAUUGUAUAGUGUCUAUAACCUCAUCUCUAUAUUAUAUUUUGCUUUCCUCUACCACUAUUUUUAGCACCAUCUUGCUAAAAUGUAUGUAUUGGUUCACAAAUGUCAUCUUCUAUCGUCUAUAAUAUACCUUAAAUUGUUUAAAUUCA